AUGGUGCGCCGAAUGUUCUUGCCCUUUUUCUCCAAGGACCGGGGACCCCCACGGAUCCGAAUGCAGGUUAUGGGUACAAAGGGCCGACGUUUCUACAAGAUCGUUGCGGCGAAUCAGAGAGAUCCCCGAGAUGGGAAACACAUGGAAGUGCUGGGGAGUUAUGUACCCAUUCCUGCCUCUUCCACCUCCGUGUCGGAGCUCCGGCUGCGUUUCUCAAGGGUCAAAUUCUGGCUAGGUGUAGGUUCUUCCUUCUCCCUCUCUGUUGGCCGUCUCCUCGGUGCCGCUGGCCUUGUGCCUUUGCCCCCCCCUAUUUUUGGAUGGAGAUGCCGGGGCAGGUACCAGGAGUUGCUGCAGCAGCAGCAACAGCACCAGCAACUAGUCAAGGAAUCUGAGCUACGCAGUUUCUUCAAAUUGCCUUCUCCGGUGCGCACUCGGCGCGCGGAAGAAGGCCAAAAGCCCAAGAAAGAAAUUAUCCGACAGAUUGUUAGAUAA